AUGCCGACUCCCAGUGACAACCAUCCGACUUCGAUCGCUGAAGUGAUCUCCUCCCGCACAUGUCCACCCGAUGCUGAUCGAGUUCCGGCCUGGAGAGACUCGCCGGACUCCUCCGGCUCAGUUAUCGAUGGCGUCGACGAUGUCCUCUCGCCAGCCAGUGCCAUCGCGCCAUCCGUGCUGAGUCGUUCCGACGACGGCAGCACACUCUUGGCGUCCGAUCCGCUGAAGGUGGAAAGUAAGAUGCCCGGCGCGGAUGAAGAAUCUACGCCUGGGAGGUCAAGCUCUCCAGAGGAGACAUGCGAUCGGAGUCAAUCGACUGUCACGCCCCCUAACUCAUCGCUGCUGCGAUAUGAAUUUUCUAACGUUCGGCUCCUGCCAAACCACUCUUCGUCUUUUCUUCGCUCGGGCAGCAGAUUCGUCGGAACACAACAGUCGGACCGCCAGGUAUACAAUGUCGACGUGGAGAUUAAGCAGGUGGACAUUGCCGAGUCCUACCUCUGCGGUUAUCUUCGCAUUCAAGGCCUGACAGAAGACCACCCUACCUUGACUACGUUUUUCGAAGGCGAAAUCAUCGGAACAAAGCAUACAUUCCAAACUCGCAACGAAGCAUGGGGCGCCAAUGAGAAAACCGAUAUACAUCAUUGGUCUCGGUUUCCUGCGUGGAAGCCGCUGGCCAAACAAGCCAAGCGGACCGAUUUUACAUACCGCAAUUUUGCCCAGCGUGAGCACGUGUUCAUGAGAUGGAAGGAAUACUUCCUCGUCCCUGAUCAUCGGGUUCGGACAAUCUCUGGCGCUAGCUUUGAGGGAUUUUACUACAUAUGCUUCAACCAAGUGGAGGGAUCUAUCAGCGGUGUCUACUUCCAUGCGAAGAGCGAACGAUUCCAACAGCUUGAACUCAAGCAUGUCGAUGAUCGUGGAUGUGCACCAGCAGUCGAAUUUCGCUAG